GGAGGGGAAAGUGCGCAGGUGCGGCCAGGCAGGGUGCGGAGAGGGAUGUGAGGCCCGGGGCACGCGCCUCACCCCUCCGGCUGUCAGAGGCAGACACACUCCCUCCCCACGUUUGGGGACUUGGGUCUGUUGGGGCCUCGGAGUUCGGAGCGGCUUCUGGUACCCGACGGGCAGCGGGGAUAUCUGAGAUCCGAGAUUUUUUUUCCCUCUCUCUCUCUCCCCUGGAAUAUCCAUUCCCUGGGGGGCACGCAGUGUGCGGGUGCCAGGCUGCUAGCCUGCUGCGGACCAUCCCACCCUCCGUAGGGCCCUGAUCCCAAACGGGGCGACUUCUUCCUAAGCCCCCAUCACCAGUGUGACCUGGAGUCCCGGCGGUCCAUGGUGGGGUAGCCCUCUCAAUUCUUUGAACCCCGAGGUGGGGGAGUAGGGGUGGUGGUUAGGGCUGAAAGGCUGCGAGGAAGAGGCCUGGCCAUGGGUGUAUCAGGGAGGGAGACUCUGGCCGCUUCCCCAAUCCUUCUCCACUGCGCUCCAUGCUAGCGGGCUUGGCAGCGGGGUUACUCCGAAUCCGUGGACCGCGUAGCCGGCACUGCCCUGCGCUGGGGGAGCAGAGGGAAGGAGCGAAGGAGCGAAGAGGGCGGGGAGGCCGCCUGUGGGAACGCGGGCUCUUCCGGGGAAGCGGAGCAGAGCUGCUGCGUUCCCCUCGAUUUGCAUCGUCACUCGGCUGUUUGGGAGCAAGAGGGGAGGCGCUGUGCGUGUGUCCGUGUACCUGGUUCUGCGUACACGCGUGUGUGUGCAUGACUGUGCCGCCGGGUUGGCAAACUCCAUGGGAUGGCAACUUGGCUAAAGAUACUUUGAAGAGGCGAGUGAGGUGGAGUGUGUUUGUUGGUAAUCGAUGGGAUUUCUCUGGCUGCGGUGUGCACACUGCCUCUAUCCGAAUAAAUCCAGCUCGCUGCCAGCGGGCAGGCGACGCCUCCCGGUUCUCCUGUCUGCAGACGCACCGGCCUGCAACGCGACACAAGGUGGCCUCCCGUGCUCGCCAGGCGGCAGGUGGGGGGGGGGCUUCCGGGGAGGCUGGACGACCAGCCCCCUCGGGCCAAGGGACCCCUCGCUGCCCCGCCGUGCCUAGCAGCCCCCACUGCUUGUGGAUGCUCCGGAAACCCACCAGGCCGAGCCCGCCCGCAGCGAAAACUGAAAGCAAAUUCGCCGGCAGAGGAAGCCCGAACUUUCUUAGAUGCAAGUUUGCAGCGGAGACUCGGCGGAGGCUGUGGGCUGUCGGCGAAGAGGGCGAGGGGCAGCCUGCAGAGCGCGGGCCCUGGUGCAAUGCUAGGGAAGGUGCCUCUCCUUUAUUUCUCGCCGACACAGUCGCCAAGGUGCCGCGGACGUCGAGGCUGUGUCGGCGGGGAUUGCACCCUGGAGGAGUUAGAUGGCUUUCUCAAAGUUGCAGAAAGAGCUUUCGGAGAAGCGUCCGCGCCCAGCUCGGGACCCGUUAGCCUUACCCCAGGCGAAAUGGUCAGAAGUCCUCUUGGGGAGGGAGGGGAGAAGGAGACAUAUGUAAAACU